UCCUUCUCUAAGUACCAUGAACCAUCAAACCUCUAGAAAAAUCAUGGAAAAAUUGAUUAUGAAACUUGAGAGGAGUGUCGACCAACUCAACAAUGAAAUCGAUAAACAAAAGAAAACAAACAUUAAGCUUAAGCAAGAGGCUAAGGAUAAGGAAGACAAGAUGAGAGAACAGAAGGAAAUCAUGGUUAAGGAGUUCCAAGAACAACUUAAGAAUAUGUCUCAAGAAGUAGAUCCAAAAAGUAUCCCUCUUCCUCCAAGUCUGGUCGCUCCUGCUUAUAUUUCAAAACAGGACAUUGAUGGAAAAUGUCAAGGGUGCGAGAAAGAUCUCCUGAAUGUAGCUAAUUUUAUCACAAAAGCAAAGGAACUUGUUGAUCCAGACCACUAUAAUACCUUUGAAACCCGGCUAGAUGAAAUCGAAUCUCACUGAAACACAGAAUUCGGCAAAUGAAGUGAUUGCAAACAAAUAUCUGAAGAAGAAGCCUCUCACCAAAAAGAGCUGAGUAUAAAGGCUUCAAAAAUAUCAAGAGAAUGUCAGACAGAUGCUGUUCAUACUGAAGAUUAUCUGUUCUUCCAAAAUAUGAUUGAAGAUUACCUUCAAGUUUGUUUGAGAUCCAAACCGUACAAAGCUGUCAAGAUGGAUUUCAAGUUAAAAGAUUCCCAGAAGAAAGAACUUAUUAUGGACUUAUUCAAGUUCAAGGUUGCUAUCAAGAGCAAGAUCCAAGCUUUCAUUGAUAAAUACGAAGCUGCUCAUGCUAUCCAGGAACAAAUCCAAGAGUUUUCCGAACUUGUCAAAGAACAUGAAGAAAGCAAGAAGAAGUCUAAAGAAGCAGAUGAGCAAUUGGAGAAAGAGAAGAAAAAGAUCGUUGAACAAUUAAGCAAAUGGGCUAACAUGAAUAAAGAGGAGCCUGCACUUCAAGAGAAAGAUACUCCUCAAAAGGAAAAGUUAAUUGAUGAAAUGAAUCCUUACACGGAUCUGCCAUCAUCUCCUCAAUCUAUUAACUCUUUAAACGCCAGUGAUAUUUGAAACAGCUCUGUCUAUUCUGACAUAAAACCUAAAGAGAUCACCCCAUCGAAAAUCUUGGGUAGAAAAGAUUUUCAGAUCAAAUAAAGCUGUAAAGCCAAAUGGUCAGUCGAAGUUCACUGCAUCUGGUCAGAAGAAUCGGACGAGUUCUUCAAAAACAAAAUAUCAGAUACAGAAACAGAAAAGUAUUAAAACUAGCAAGUUAAUUUCAAACCUCAGGACCAAGGUGACUCCUGCGAAGGUGGCUAGGAAGUUUACCUGUGACUUACCUAUUAGUAAAGAGUCUGCCCAAAGUUUUAAGCUAAACAGGGAAGAUCUUCUGAUCAAUGAAUAUUCAAGAAUAGCACCUACUCCAGACUUAAUGGAUGACAGAGACUUAAGUGUGACCAGGCAGAAAUAUCCGACAAAGCUGCCUGCUCUCCAGUUGAAUUCAAAUAAUACGAUAGAAAAGCUACCGGUCAUGAAAGAAAGUAACUUGAUCCAUACCCCUGUAAAAGAAAAGGAAACAGACCCUGAAAUCGUCGCAGAUCAGCUAGAAAAUGCCCUCGAUGAAGAACUUGAGACCAGUGAUGUUGAAGACUUAGAAGCUGACGAAAAGAUGUUCGAGGUGAUGAUCCAGAAGCAUGAAGAAUUACAAAAAGAAAUAGACCAAAGCUUGAAGAAAAGGGUUAAAGCAUUUUACUCACAAAGGGACUAUAACACUUACAUGCUUGGUGACAAUAGGGAAGGAAAAUGAGGCACUGGAAAAGUCGAAGACUUUACUAAAUAACCCUACAGCUUUGAAAAUCAAAUUUGAGAAGAUCGACUGAGGAUAUCAUCAUAGUGCUGCUAUCUCUGAAGAUGGUAUCGUUUAUACAUGGGGUAGAUCCUCAUCAGGACAAUUAGGACAAAGUAUUGUUAUUAACCAAAAUGUACCAUCUUUGCUAGCUCAGCCAUUGGAAAAAGUGACAAUUGAUGAAGUGAGCUGUGGCUGGCAGCAUACUCUAGCUAUAACAGUGUCUAAAUAUUUGUAUUCAUGGGGCCUUAAUAUCAAUGGCCAACUUGGACUGGGGGAUUAUGAAGAUAGAAAAAUCCCAACUCUGGUUGAGGCUGUGAUCACUACACCUGCAAUGAAGAUAAGCGCUGGUCAUUCUCACUCUGCAAUGAUAGACUUUGAUUCUCGUUUAUACACUUGGGGUGCAAAUCCCGACAGUAGAUUAUGUAAAAAGACCACUUACUAUAAGCUGUCGAUGAGACCAAAGAACGUGAAUAAACCCUAUAAAUGCAAAGCAUUAGAUAGGUGAAGAAUAAUUGAUGUGUCAUUAGGACAAGAUCACUCCUUAUUUUUGGAUGAUAAAGGAGUUAUUUAUGCCUCAGGAAAUCCUUCUAAGGGAAAACUUGGAGAUCCUUAUUAUCAUCCUGAUAAGGCAGAGAAUCCAUAUAUGGCACACUAUUUUCUCACAGGAAAGAAGAAUAGGUGAGUCAAGGUCAAAGCAGGUGAUGGAUUCUCUGUCUUCCUUGCUGCAAAUGGGCAAGUUUAUGCUUGAGGUGAAGGAAAUUAUGGAAGGCUUGGAAUUGAAGGCUCGACUAGUGUACAGAAACCUACAAUGAUUCCUUGCUUUGGAACAAAGGGAAAUAAGAUCAUUGAUAUUGAAACAGGAGGAAGACAUACUUAUGCUAUUUCAAAGAAGAAAGAACUUUAUGUAUGGGGAUUUGGCUUUUAUCAUCAACUGCCAAACAACUCCACUGAUGACUGCGAAGAGCCUCUUAAAAUUGCAACCAAACAUCAGAUAGAGCAAGUCUCUUGUGGCUACUUCCACUCAGCUUAUAUCCUCGGUGAAGACUUGGUGCUACAAGAUUCUGAGGAUUCAGACUAACUCAUAUAUUUCUGGAUUCAACAGGUCA